AUGACGGAACGGAACACUGGGGUACGUCAGGCCCAGAGGGGAGGAGAGGAGGAACACGUGAAGUUCCAGCUGAAUACUAAAACAUCCCCAGCAACCAACCAGGCACCUGGCCCAGAGGAAAAAGGGAAAGCUGGCAAUGCCAAGAAGGCUGAGGAGGAGGAGGAGAUUGACAUUGACCUGACUGCGCCGGAAACAGAGAAGGCCGCCCUUGCCAUUCAGGGCAAGUUCCGGAGAUUCCAGAAAAGGAAAAAGGAUCCCAGCUCCUGAACCACCAGCCUUGCCCUUCACUCUCUCCCUUCUCUCCCCUUCACCGCAGCCUGACUCCUAUGUGUCUUUGUCUCUUUGUCCCUCUAGCCUCUUGUUGAGGCAAGUUCAACCCUAUCUAUUAUUUUCUCUGGUCCCCCCUCCUGCCAUCACAAUAGUAGAGGCUCAAGGAAUGUGGGGGAAGAUGAAGAAUUCAACUGGCAGCCACUUGCCUAAGGGCGGACCAGUUUGUCUUUGGGAUAAGCCUCCUUGACCAGUACCCGUGCCUGGCCUGUGAGGUUGAAGAACAGAGGCUUUAAGGCUGAGAGGGACCCCGGACAGUGCUGGGGGGAGGGGAGAACCUUCAGAAUAGGGUGCCCGAGGGUGGGCCUGAGCAUUGUUCCACCGGUUGCAACAGUCACACUUCAGGUAACGUGUUUCUGCCCUUACAUCCUUCUGCACCAACACACCCACCUUCCCUCCUGUGAACUAAGCGACAGAGGGGACUGGACCCUCCCUCUGCUCAAGGCAGACCCAGAUCAAGCACCUUCCACAUUAGUGCAUGCUGAGUAGGCGAGUUCCGAGGAAGGGAGCGUGGGAUGGGUGGAGGCCAGAGGAAUUUCCUUCACCGUCCAGUCCAGGACCAUUGGGGCAGAGGAAGAAGAGGUUUCAGAGGGGCAUGGGCAGAGAGGUGGGCCUAGAGUAGAUUUGGGGAUGAAAGAAAGGUAAGGGAGACACCACUACUGCCAGUAAAUGUGGACUAGAUGAAGGAUUUCUGCUACCCUGCCUACCUCUAACCUCCCAAAUCCAGCCAUCCCUAGAGACCACACCAACCCAGGGACCCCUGUAGUUCCCACCUCCCGCACUGUGGAGUCAGAGCAGAGUGGAAUAGCCGCUCUGUGAUUCGAGCAUGUUUAAUCAUGAUUAAAAACAACAAAACAAAUCCCCAGUGGGGUCAUCUAGCCUCUACUUCUGAUUUUUUUUGGGACAAAUGUGAAUGUGGCCUCAGGGAGGGUGUGGAUCACACCACAGCACAGGAACCAACACCGCCCAAGCAAGCGGUAGAGGAAACCCAUCCCUUCCUCCCUCCUCCAUCCCCUGACCUUGCCCUCACCUUGAUUUACCGCCCACACGGUCUCUGUAUGCGACU